GGAUAGACAUAGGUUCCCUGAGAGAGGAGAAGUAAGAGAGAAGGGAGAAAAGAAGUAACCAAGGGCUGGAGACAAACAAAACCAGAAAAGCAACUGAUACCAUUUGAAGACUACGAGGUAUCAACGAGCACCAAGGAUGGAGUUUUUCUUUGGCACCAAGAUGGACUUCAGUGGAGCCUUCACCAUUCUUUUGGCCAUGGCCAUAUCAUGCCUUCUCUUUCUCCAUUUCUCCUCCAAAAAGAAGUAUCGGACCCUGCCUCCGGGACCCACUCCACUGCCUUUCAUUGGCAACAUGCACCAAGUGGAUGUUAAAGAGCUGAUCAAUUCUCUGAAAGAGCUCAGCAAGACCUAUGGUCCGAUGUACACCUUCUACUUGGGCUCUCGACCAUGUGUGGUCCUGUCUGGCUACCAGGUGCUCAAAGAGGCCUUGAUUGACAAGGCAGAAGAGUUCAGUGGCCGAGGUGACUUCCCUGCUGUCCAGAUGUGGAGCAAAGGAAAUGGAAUCGUGUAUGGCACUGGAGAGUGUUGGAGGCAGUUGCGCAGGUUUGCUAUCACCACUUUCAAGAACUUUGGGAUGGGAAAGCGAUCUAUGGAAGAGCGGAUCAAGGAGGAGGCCCAAUUCCUGGUAGCUGAAUUCCACAAAAUGGAAGGGAAACCCUUUGACCCCACUUUCUGCUUGAGCUGUGCUGGUUCCAACAUCAUCAGCACUCUAGUUUUUGGAGAUCGGUUCGAAUACACCGACGAAAAGUUCCUGACAUUGCUUGACCUCAUCAACAACAACUGGAAGCUGAUGAGCUCAACCUGGGGGCAGAUGCUGUUCACCUUCCCAAAGAUCAUGAAACACAUCCCUGGCCCUCAUCAGCAGAUCUACAAGAACUACCUGAAGCUGGCAGCGUUUGUGGGGGAACGUCUGGAAAUGAACAGGCAGACUCUGGACCCCAAUUCACCACGGGAUUUCAUUGACUGUUUCCUCAUCAAAAUCCAGCAGGAAAAGAACAACCCGAACACCUAUUUCAAUGAAGACACCAUGUCAAAGACCACUGUGAACCUUUUCUUUGCUGGGACAGAGACUGUCAGCUCGACCUUGAAAUAUGGGCUCCGCAUUCUCCUGAGGCACCCUGAAGUGGAAGAGAAACUCCAUGAAGAAAUUGACCGAGUCAUUGGGCCUAACCGCAGUCCAUGCAUGGAAGAUCGGAUCCGGAUGCCAUACACGGAUGCCGUCAUCCAUGAAAUCCAGCGCUACGCUGACAUUGUUCCCAUGGGAGUGCCCCAUACGAUCACGCGGGAGAUUGACUUCCGUGGAUACACCCUCCCCAAGGAUCUCAACAUCAUCCCAUUGCUCUGCACAUCUCAGUUUGACCCAACACAGUUCAAGAACCCAAACCACUUUGACCCAACCCAUUUCCUGGAUGAGAAUGGGCGGUUCAAGAGGAAUGAUGCAUUUAUGGCUUUCUCUGCAGGGAAGCGAGUGUGCCUGGGUGAAAACCUUGCCCUCAUGGAACUGUUCAUCUUCCUCACCACCAUCUUGCAGAACUUCAAGCUGAAACCCCUGAUGGACCCCAAGGACAUUGACAUCACUCCAGAGUCCACUGGGCUGGGGAGCAUCCCUCGACCCUACAAAUUUUGCCUCCUGCCCCGAUGAACCCCACCCCAACUUGUGGAGAAGGAUAGCUAGCUCAUUCCCAUUUCAUCUGCCCUCCAGAUGCUGAGGAAAAGCUCUGCUUCCUCCUCCGUCUCUGAGUUGGUUUCCUUCUUGAGCUAGGAAGCUGCUCCCCUUGCAUCAUUGCUUUUUUGGUUGCUUUCCAUUCUCUUAUCUGAUGUUGAAACAGGUCCUCCUCACCUCUUUCCCAACAACACUCCUCCACCACCCUCCACCCUUCACCAUUUGUUGAUUCCAGAGGUCCUGCUGAUAAAAGAUAACCUUAAUCUUUCUCAGGUCCACACCCACCUUCUCUUCUUACUUUGGAUCAAUUCCCUCCUUUGAUGUUGUCAUGAGGAGUAGCAUGUUCCUCUGUUUUUCCAUAGUUGAGGAGCAUGAUGGGGAAAUUGGAUUUGUCUUCAUGACGUGCUGAUGGACUUCCCCUUGGUCUCUGUAGGACCAGAGAGGCCUCCUUUGCUCUAUCCAAGUAGGAGUGUUUGAGUCCUUACAUAUAUGGUUGGUUCCUCUCUUCGUCUCCCUUCAGGCUCCAUGCUUGGCUUCUCCAACCUGUUUGUGAAAAGCUUUUAAGUGAUCAGUGGAAGAUUCAAACUGAUUUACUACUAGGGUUGAAUGAAAAGUAAUGCCUCCACCUUCGUAACUCCUCAACAGAUGGCAGUACUGGUAUGCGGCAGGUACUGGUUUGUUCAGUAGACUCUCCUCUACAGUUCCAUUUUGGCGGGAAGCCUUAGCAUUGAAUGGUUGUGUUGUUAAAGUGCGAUGUAUGGAACCCUGUGCAGACGGUCAGUCAAUACAACUUAAGCAGUGUGUAGUCAUUGAAUUCUUGACAGCAGAAGGUGUCACCCAAAGGGGAUACAUCAGAGAAUGCAAGCUGUUUAUGGUGAUUGUGUUGAUGUGAGUACUGUGUGUCAUUGGAUGAGAAAGUUUAAAGAUAUUGAGGUGGGAACAUCUGACUUGCAUGACAAACAAAGAGUUGGACAUCCUGUGACAGCAACCACUGAGUUUCACAAGCAAAAGGUUGACAGAUUGAUUCAAGACAAUUGUCGUAUCACUCAGAGAGAAAUUUCAAGCAUAGUCAGCAUUUCACAAGAACAUGUGGGUCACACUAUUGCUUUGCUUGGCUAUUUCGAAGAUCUGUGCACAAUCGGUUGCGAAAAUAGAUUGUUGACUUCUUCCAUGACGGCUUCAGGAAACUUCUUCAUUGUCGGCAGAAAUGUAUCCAAUUGUCUUGUGAUUAUGUGGAAAAGUGAAUAGUGGUAGUUAAAGAGCACAUUCUAAGGAUUAUUUCUGCAUUUGAUUUAUUAAAAUAUUCCCAUCCAAACCCAAGUAACGAAGGUGGAGGCAUUACUUUUCAUUCAACCCUUGUAUAUUUAGGCAAGGCUUUCCUAACCUGAUAGUUUCAUUUCAUUUGCACAUAUCUUGCUUUGAAUAAAAAAAUGCUCAAACAGCAUAAA